GUUGCCAAUAGCAACCAAUACACAACAUGUACAAGAGGAGCAGUGCAGGUCUGUCUUUGUGCGAGCCCACUACUUUAUACAACCUCAUUACCCGGUGUGACAGAAAGCCAUCAGUCCUAGACUCCAAUUACUUAUUGAUAUUAGAUGUGAGAAAUAGAAAAGAUUAUGAACACAGUCAUAUAACACUGGCAAAGCACAUUGAAGAGGUAAAGGAAGCAGACACUGGUAAUAGUAAGUACAGGACACCAUUUGGUGCUGAUGUCAGUACUGUACUCCAUUGUGUGGUGUAUGAUGGAAAGACAGUAUCAUUAAUUGAAGACAAUUCUGCUAUUAGACUGGCUACAGAGCUUGCUGAGAAUGGCUCAAAGAAUCCUGUGCUAGUUUUAAAAGGGGGCUAUGAAAGAUUCUCUGCUGAAUAUCCAUUUUUAAGAACUCAAAAGAUACUUUAUACUCCAAAAGAAUUAGAACACUUGCCUCACUAUCCAAGCGAAAUAUUACCACAUUUUUUAUACCUUGGAGAUGAGAGGCAUGCCUAUAAUCCAUUGCUAAGUUAUGACAUAAAAAUAAAAGGACACAUUAACGUGAGCAGUGAUCUGUACUCCGCAUGGCCAGAAACUGUUAAUGAAGUACAUGUUGAUGUUCAAGAUGUACCUCAAGCAAACCUCCUGGAGAGAUUUGAAGAAGUUUGUUCAUUCAUAGAGUCUUAUAGGAAGAAAAGUGAAACUGUUCUUGUAUUUGGUAAUAAAGGGAUGAGCAGAAGUGCCACUCUUGUAGCAGCUUACCUCAUUUACUACAAGAACAUGAAUCAUAAGGUUGCUUUAGACUAUAUAAGAAACUGUAGGCCUAAUGUAAAGCCACUGAAAUCAUUUGUAGAUCAACUGAAGGAAUGGGAAAAAAUGCAGUCUGAACCAAAAUAAUUAAUUAUAAUACAGUGUAAAAUUUCAUUUAAAAAGUUAAUAAUACUCAUAAUGGUGCUGGGAA